AUGACAAAACCGAAGCGGCCGAAAUACGAGACCGUGCAGUACACGCCGCCUACGCCACAGGUGUUCGGCAGCCAGCUGCCAAGCGAUAUACCAGUGUCGAAGCCUCCGUCGACUUCUUCGUCAUUCAGUGUCGACCGUCCGAGGAAUCGGCCAAAGCUGCAAGACAGAUUGGCAGUCUACGAGGACGACAAUCCACGAUGCCAACAGUUGAUCUGCACAAUUGGAAUUCUGUUUCCGCCGCUGUGGCUCGUCGGUGCGGCAAUGUAUGCAGCAACGCCCCCCGCGAAAACAGCGACCAGAGAGGCAGGCUUCAGAAAUCUGAUACUGUCGAUCAUUUUGUUCGUUCUGCUCAUUGUCUACGCGGUGUACAGAUUCUACACGCCUGGUGGGCUCUCACCAGGACGUUGA